AAAUUCCACAACAAAAGUAGAGAGAGAGAGAGAGAGAGGAUUGCUAGGGUUGCGAGCUUCUGCGUUUUGGCGGAAGCACCUUGUUGAAGACAGACACUGAGUGUGAGAGUUUAUAUAGUUAUUACCGUUCUCUGUUUGUCUGAGCUCUCAAAACUCAGAAAAGAAAAAAGAAAAUAAAAAAGCUUUCCUCCAAUGGCGGCUGCUUUAACCCGCCUAACGAAACCCGCUUCGUUGGCGUUCUCUUCUGUGAAUAUCAUAAGGAGAUGCUUCUCAUCGGCAGUUGCUGUAUCAGAGACCAACAAUGCUGCUUCCUAUGUCCCUCCAUUUGUUCUCGACUCCAAUCGACCACGUAAAGAUCCAAAGGACCGCAACGUACAGUGGGUGUUCCUAGGCUGCCCUGGAGUCGGAAAAGGUACUUACGCUAGUCGUCUUUGUAAUCUCCUCGGUGUCCCUCACAUCGCCACCGGCGAUCUUGUCCGAGAAGAGCUCGCUUCCUCUGGUCCCCUCUCUCAACAGCUGUCUGAGAUUGUGAACCAAGGUAAGUUGGUUUCAGAUGAAAUUAUUAUAAGCUUGUUAUCAAAGAGACUGGAGGCUGGGGAAGCUAAAGGUGAAUCAGGAUUUAUUCUUGAUGGUUUCCCUCGAACAAUACAACAGGCGGAAAUACUGGAAGGGGUCACCGACAUUGAUUUGGUGGUCAAUCUGAAGCUUCAGGAAGAUAUAUUGAUUGAUAAAUGCCUUGGUAGAAGAAUUUGUAGCCAAUGUGGGGGAAAUUUCAAUGUGGCAUCUAUUAAUGUCAAGGGUGAGAAUGGGAAACGUGGAAUUAGCAUGGCUCCACUUCUUCCCCCUCCACAUUGUAUGUCAAAACUUAUUACUCGAUCAGAUGAUACUGAAGCUGUUGUAAAACAACGACUUCGUAUCUAUAAUGAGAAGAGUCAACCCGUAGAGGAAUUCUACCGUAGUCAGGGGAAAUUAUUGGAGUUUGACCUGCCAGGAGGGAUCCCAGAAUCAUGGCCAAAGUUGCUUCAAGUUCUUAAUCUUGAUGAUGAGGAAAAGCAGUCUGCUGCAGCAUAAUUCAUGAUACUAUACCAAUUAAUUGUAAGAUGCCAUUCUUUGCAUGUGAAAUGCAUGCUAGCAAUUUUGCAAGGAAAUAUUUUUGUCUCUUUGAAAUAAAAACCUUGAAUUAUUUGUGACCAUAAUCACACACAGCGGAUGCCUAGCUGGACUCCCUAAUUUGUUUGUUAUUUACUUUUGCUUGAAGAUGAUUCUAGUAUAUUGUAAUACGAGACACAUGGAGAAAGACAGAUUCAUGAUAGUAUUAUUUGGUUGAGGUAUGAUUUAAGGAAACUAUUUAGCUUCAAUGGAUAGGCUGGUUGUAACUCAUUAUCUGCGUAAAAAAUGCUGUAUUGUUGUUGUAACCAAUAACUAAUAAUUCAGUCAAUAACAUCUUUUUCUGAUGCUCUUUUACUAAUUUA